AUGGGUCGUUUCAAGAGCGAUAAUGGCAGCUCGGCUGGCGACCCCAACUCUGGACUAGCUCUCAACGUCGUCAUUAUGAAGGCGAGAAAUUUGGCUGCCAAGGAUCGCAAUGGCACAUCAGACCCGUAUCUCGUCCUCAGACUAGGCGAUGCCCGCGCCGUCACGCACGCCGUCCCAAAAACGUUGAACCCAGAGUGGAACAUUAUCGAGCAGCUGCCAAUCAACGGCAUAAACAGUCUCGUUCUCGACGUCAUUUGCUGGGACAAGGAUCGCUUUGGCAAAGACUACUUGGGCGAAUUCGACCUUGCUCUCGAAGAAAUAUUUCAAAACGAAAAGAAUGCCCAGGAACCCAAAUGGUACCCUCUCCGCAGUAAGCGACCAGGCAAGAAGACCAGCAUUGUGUCUGGCGAGGUCAUGCUGCAGUUCAAUCUUUUGGACAUUAUAAAUCCCGCUUCGCCGCACCAGCAGACGAUGGACAGGCUUCAAUCCCUCAUUCGCUCCGUCCCCGUUGCUUCCGGUAGUCAUGCUGGUAGUGCUGGUGUGACACCUGCCGCUACAACCACACCGCAGUCUGACCCUCUCUCUGAGUUUGUUGAGGACGACGAUGAGGAAAUAUCCGACUACGAAGAAGACAGCAACGAUGAAGGAGAGGGCGAAGGCGAAGACGAGGGCGAAGACGAGGGCGAAGACGAGGGCGAAGACGCAUCCAAACCGGAGAGUGCCGAGAAGCGUCGACGCCGACUCCGAAUUCGAGGACUGAAGCGCAAGAAUCGACGUGCCGCAUACGCCUUCACCAACGGUGACAGUGAUGUCGUUGGCAUCAUCUACCUCGAGAUUUGUCGUGUUUCGGAUCUGCCGCCUGAGCAUAACCUGACCCGUACCAGCUUCGACAUGGACCCCUUUGUAGUAGCCUCCCUGGGUCGAAAGACAUACAGAACCCGUCGCGUCCGACACAACCUCAAUCCAGUAUUCAACGAAAAAAUGAUUUUCCAGCUUCUUGGCCAUGAAAAGUCAUACAGCUUCUUAUUUACGGUGAUUGACCACGACAAGUAUUCUGGCAACGAUUUCAUUGCGUCCUGCACGCUUCCUGUCCAGGAUUUGCUCAAGAGGGCACCCCAAGCUGACCCGGCGACUGGAUUGUACGAGGUCCCCGAGCCUCGUGAACACCGCGAGGCUGUGCCUCUGCCGCACAAGUCCCGCCUCCAGCGACUGGGGCUCUCACGCACCUCCUCAUCCCAAAGUCUCAACAAGAAAUCAGCCAAGGCUGCGUCUCUUUCUAGUGCCACAUCUCAAACUCCUUCGUUGGAGGUCAGCCAGCCCACGAGCAACCCCGGCCUACUGGUUCCCCCCGAGACGCAAUCUUCAACCCUUACAGAGCCAGAGAGCAGUGCAGAGGAUGACGACCCCGAGUUCUACGAAUUCUCUGUACCUCUGACGCUAAAGAAUAUCGAAAAGUGGGAGUCCAAGCAUAGCCCAGUAAUGUACCUAAGGGCCAAGUAUAUUCCGUAUCCCGCUCUUCGUCAACAGUUCUGGCGUGCCAUGCUUCGACAGUACGAUACCGACGAGAGUGGCCGUAUCAGCCGCAUCGAGCUCACCACUAUGCUCGACACUUUGGGUUCGACCCUCAAGGACUCUACCAUAGACAGCUUCUUCCAACGCUUCCCCCAUAAAGCUGCCGACAACGAAGACAGCUGGGAUCUGACUUUUGAUGAAGCUGUUAUUUGCCUCGAGGAUCAGCUGGAAGCCAAAUCGAAAUCAGAUAGCAGCGUAGCCGACAAGGUCAAGAACGUCACCUCGGUGAUGAAGAAUCUCGCUUUGGGGGGCAAUGCCGAGCAAGGCAACACGGCGUCGGGCUCAUCAACACCCAGUGACGGUGGCCAAGACUCGCUCGAAAAGGAAGACUCUGGCGACGAGCACGUUGUUGAGAUCCGCGAGUGUCCCAUCUGCCACCAACCCCGUCUCAACAAGCGCAAGGACGCCGACAUUAUCACCCAUAUUGCAACCUGUGCAAGCCAAGACUGGCAACAAGUCAAGACUGUACUGAUGGGCGGUUUUGUGACGGCCAGCCAAGCGCAGCGCAAGUGGUACUCCAAGGUCAUCACCAAGAUUUCCUACGGAGGCUACAAGCUUGGUGCCAAUUCGGCCAACAUUCUCGUCCAAGACCGCAUGACGGGUCAGAUCAACGAGGAAAAGAUGAGCGUUUAUGUCAGACUUGGCAUUCGCAUGCUGUACAAGGGAUUGAAGUCGCGUGAUAUGGAGAACAAGCAGAUUCGCAAGAUGUUGAAGAACUUGAGCGUCAAGCAGGGCAGGAAAUUUGACGACCCGGCUUCUAAGGAUGAAAUUGAAAAGUUUAUCCACUUCCAUCGGCUGAACAUGGACGAGGUACUGUUGCCGCUGGACCAGUUCCAAAAUUUCAACGAAUUUUUCUACCGUGCCCUCAAACCAGGCGCGCGUCCCUGCUCCGCACCGGACAAGCCGGGCAUCAUCGUGUCACCAGCAGACUGUCGCAGUGUGGUUUUUAACCAGCUAACGCAAGCCACCAAGAUUUGGGUCAAGGGUCGCGAGUUUAGCAUCAAGAGGCUCCUGGGGGAUGCAUACCCGGAUGAUGCUGCCCGGUUUGAAAAUGGCGGUCUGGGUAUCUUUCGUCUCGCGCCACAGGACUACCACCGCUUCCAUAUUCCAGUCGACGGCGUUAUGGGUGAGCCCAAGACGAUUGCCGGCGAAUACUAUACAGUCAACCCUAUGGCUAUUCGAUCAGCGCUCGACGUCUAUGGCGAGAACAUCCGUGUGGUGGUGCCAAUUGAUAGCGAGGUGCAUGGUCGCGUUAUGGUCAUUUGCGUCGGCGCUAUGAUGGUUGGCAGUACAGUUAUCACACGCACGACCGGCGAAAGAGUGCAGCGUGCUGAGGAACUGGGCUACUUUAAGUUUGGCGGUAGCACUAUCCUGCUGCUCUUUGAACCAGGCAAGAUGCGAUUCGAUUCCGAUUUGACUGAGAAUUCAGCCGGCGCUUUGGAGACUUUGAGACAGAUUCGCGUUGGUAUGUCUGUCGGCCAUUCACCCGACGAACCACAGUGGACACCCGACAUGCGUGUUAGUGAUGAGCACAUUACCGAAGCGCAGAAGAAGGACGCCAAACGACGUAUCCAGGGCAGCGUGGCCCAAGAUUCGCCUAGCGAUAGCAACGACGACGACGGACUGCACACGCUGCCACCAACCAUGAGCACGAUGGCAGCCUCUUCAUUGUAA